CUCUCUCUCUCUCCCCCCCUCUCUCUCUCUCUCUCUGCUGUGCGUGCGACGCCUUCGCUGUUGGGUUGCCUCAGUUGACUGCUGCUCUCUUUUUCUGCCCGGCUGUGACAGCGGGCAAAGCUGGCACUUUCCCGCCCUUCCUCACCUUGUUUCUCUCAUGAGAGGAACAAUAGCGGCAGCCGAGGCGGCGACGGCGGCGGCAGCGGAGGGGCCUCUCUUCCCUGGGGUUUAUGAAUGGCCCUGACAUGGAGGAAAUACCGUUUCAGAAGAUCAAGAAGAGCAAGAAGGCGAGGAAGAAGUGCUGCCGCUAUUGCUGCUGCUCCUCCUCGUCGGCUGGGCCACCACAGCAGCAGCAACCACAACCACAGCAGCCACCCCCAGCCCCUCCGGCCGCCGGGAGUGCUGCCCCUGCGCCUCCUCGCCGCCAGCUGCUGCUGGAAGGCCUGGCCUGCGAGGACCAGUUCGACUGCAAAGAGCUGGAGUCGCUCUUCCAGAACUACAACCUGAAGCUGGAGCAGACCUCGACGCUGAAGGCGCUGGCCGUGCUGAUCGUGCUGACAGCCAGCCUGGCGCUGGUGGAGCUGCUCUCCGGGCCCAGCCUGACCAUCUCCAAGGGCUCCCACCCGGUGCACUGCAUCAUCUUCCUCUCCCUCUUCAUCGUCACCAACGUCAAGUACCUGCAGGUCACCCAGCUGCAGCAGAUCGUCAAGCUCACGCUGCUCUUCAGCUUCACCUUCGCCUUCCUCUGCUGCCCCUUCUCCCUGGGUGCCUACGGCGCCGAGCCCCCCAGCGCCCCCGAGCAGGGCAUGUGGCAGCUCAUGCUGGUCACCUUCGUCUCCUACUCCCUCCUGCCCGUCCGCAUCCUUCUGGCCGGCCUCUUCGGCCUGGUGGUGGCCCUCUGUCACCUCAUCGUGGCCGCCGCUUCGGUCAGUGCCAAGAGGCAGCCCCUCUGGAGGACGCUUGUGGCCAAUGCUAUCCUUUUUGUCAGUGUAAAUUUGUAUGGAGUCUUUGUGAGAAUUUUGACAGAAAGGGCACAGAGGAAGGCUUUCCUUCAGGCCAGGAAUUGCAUAGAAGACAGGCUGAAACUGGAGGAUGAAAAUGAAAAACAGGAGCGACUUUUGAUGAGCCUUUUGCCCAGGAAUGUUGCCAUGGAAAUGAAGGAAGAUUUUCUGAAGCCACCAGAAAGGAUUUUCCAUAAGAUUUACAUUCAGAGGCAUGACAAUGUUAGCAUAUUGUUUGCAGAUAUUGUUGGGUUUACCAGCUUGGCAUCUCAAUGUACAGCUCAAGAAUUAGUGAAGCUUCUGAAUGAACUCUUUGGGAAGUUUGAUGAAUUAGCAACUGAAAACCAUUGCAGAAGGAUUAAAAUCCUAGGAGAUUGUUACUAUUGUGUGUCAGGACUAACCCAGCCCAAAACAGAUCAUGCUCACUGCUGUGUUGAAAUGGGAUUGGACAUGAUUGAUACUAUCACACAGCUCCACAGAUGCACAUCUUCUGCCGAUGAUACCCCACGAAACAAGACAUGGAGACUAGGUGGAUCAAACAGAUCUGUAGCUGAAGCCACUGAAGUGGAUCUGAAUAUGAGAGUUGGCCUGCACACAGGAAGGGUGCUUUGUGGUGUCCUAGGUCUUCGCAAAUGGCAGUACGAUGUUUGGUCAAAUGAUGUGACUCUUGCUAAUGUAAUGGAAGCUGGAGGAUUGCCUGGGAAAGUGCAUAUAACAAAGACCACAUUAGAGUGCCUAAAUGGUGACUAUGAAGUUGAGCCAGGAUUUGGCCAUGAAAGGAACAGUUUUCUGAAGAAGCAUAAUAUUGAAACCUUUUUCAUUGUGCCAUCUCACCGAAAGAAGAUUUUUCCCGGACUUAUCCUGUCAGAUAUAAAGCCUGCCAAAAGAAUGAAAUUCAAGACUGUCUGUUACCUACUGGUCCAACUCAUGCAUUGUCGCAAAAUGUUCAAAGCUGAAAUCCCUUUCUCCAAUGUCAUGACUUGUGAAGAUGAUGACAAGAGAAGGGCAUUAAGGACAGCCUCUGAAAAACUCAGGAAUCGUUCUUCUUUUACUACAAAUGUUGUGCAUAAUACUCCUGGAACCCGAGUGAACCGAUACAUUGGUCGUUUGAUAGAGGCCCGACAAACUGAAUCAGAAAUGGCAGAUCUACAUUUCUUUACCCUGAAGUACAAACAAAUUGAACGUGAGCAAAAAUAUCACCAACUUCAGGAUGAAUAUUUCACCAGUGCUGUAGUCUUGUCACUGAUUCUAGCUGCCUUAUUUGGCCUUGUCUACCUUUUGAUAAUCCCACAGAGUACUGUAGUCCUUGUCCUUUUGGUGUUCUGCAUAUGCUUCCUGGUAGCAUGUAUCAUGUACUUACAUGUCACUCGAGUACAAUGUUUUCCAGGGUGCCUGACAAUACAGAUUCGAACCAUUUUGUGUAUUUUUAUUGUGAUCUUAAUUUACUCCGUGGCACAAGGUUGUGUGGUUGGUUGUAUGCCCUGGGUCUGGAAUACUAAUUCCAGCAGUUCCAUAGUUAUCAUUUCUCCUAGUGGGACAAAUAAGACAAUGAAUGAACUUCCAUGUGACGCAGCUCAUUAUGCAUUUCUCUCCUGCGUGGUGGGGACUCUGACCCUGGCAAUAUUUUUACGCAUAUCUUCCUUGCCAAAAAUGAUCCUCCUGCUUUUUGUUACAAUUUUGUACAUAGUCAUUUUGGAACUCGGUGGAUACAGAAAAGCAGUAGGGGGUGGCUCGUUUUAUAUUCGUGGCUAUGAACCCAUAUUAGCCAUCUUAUUAUUUUCCUGCGCUUUGGCACUUCAUUCCAGGCAGGUGGAUUUGAAGCUACGUCUGGACUACCUCUGGGCUGUGCAGGCAGAAGAAGAGAGAGAUGAUAUGGAAAGAGUGAAAUUGGAUAACAAACGGAUUCUCUUUAACUUAUUGCCAGCACAUGUUGCUCAACAUUUUCUCAUGUCUAAUCCAAGAAAUAUGGAUUUGUAUUACCAGUCAUAUUCCCAAGUCGGAGUGCUGUUUGCUUCCAUUCCCAAUUUCAACGAUUUUUACAUAGAACUGGAUGGCAAUAACAUGGGAGUGGAAUGUUUACGUCUGUUAAAUGAAAUUAUUGCAGAUUUUGACGAGCUUAUGGACAAAGAAUAUUAUAAAGACAUUGAAAAAAUCAAGACAAUUGGCAGUACGUAUAUGGCAGCAGUAGGACUUGUACCAACUACAGGCACCAAGGCAAAGAAAACAAUUUAUUCCCAUCUCAGUACACUGGCUGAUUUUUCAAUAGAAAUGUUUGAUGUUCUUGAUGAAAUCAACUACCAGUCUUACAAUGAUUUUGUUCUUCGGGUUGGAAUUAACGUAGGCCCUGUAGUGGCAGGCGUUAUUGGUGCCAGAAGACCACAAUAUGAUAUUUGGGGUAACACUGUUAAUGUUGCUAGUAGAAUGGAUAGUACGGGAGUGCAAGGUAAAAUUCAGGUUACUGAAGAAGUCCAGCGGAUAUUGAAGUGCAGUUAUGAGUUUGCAUGUCGGGGUAAGGUCAGUGUCAAAGGCAAAGGUGAAAUGCUGACCUAUUUUCUUGAAGGAAAGGUCAAUGGAACUAAUUCACAAUUACGAUCUUUAAACUUAGAAAGGAAAAUGUAUCCUUAUGGGAGAUCGAACAUUCACACCAAACUGGGCACAAGUUGUCCUUCUGUGUCCUCGUCUCCCAGCCUUUCAGCAAAUGCUGGGGCUGGAAUGCUUCAGCUGCCUUCAGCCCACACGAAUCAGACACUCCAUUAUCUUCCUUCUGUGCCAGCCAUCAAGGAGGCCUGAGAGCAAUGAAAAGAUUGCCGAUGCCAUUUGCAAUGAACUUGAAUCACAGAGGUCACCUGGCUUUUUUUUUACCAAGAAGCUUAAGGCUGCAGGUUUGGGGGUAAACCAAGAUGUCUACAACCCAACCAAAGAGAAUUUGGGAACUAUUUACCUGAAUUUCUAGAAUGAAUCAAAUAAGGGCUAGCAAUUCUAUUAGGAAGAGUUUAUUGCUGAAAAUACGAAUAUUUUGUCAGCAACCUUAACAGUAAAUUGGAUAGCUGACAUGAUGCAAGUGAGACUGAAUAUUUGCAUAUAUAUUUGUGUAUGUGUGCACACAUGUGCAUCUCAGCAUGUGUGUGGCAGACAUUGCCAAUAUUGAUGAUUGAAUUUUGACAACCCUUGUAUUGGCAACUGAAAAAUAUUGUAUUUAUUGAAAAAUAUUGGCAAUUUUAAUUUCUGACAAACAGUGGCAUAUUACAUACAAAUGACAUACACAUAUGUAAACACAUACUAAGAGAGACACACAUAGAUACAAAAAUAUGCAUCCUGUAGUAGCAAAGAGAAGGUGGUUUUAUUUCAUAUCCAGCAAAAUUAUAUCAAACACUUUUUAAAGCUGCUAUAUGGUGACAGGUAAACAACACAUAUCUGAAGUUGUAGCAACUGCUGUGGAGUCAUGUCAGUGUAUGAAAUAGCAAAGGCACAAGUAAACAGAUGUAACUUUCAGAAUGAAUUUCCCAUAUCUUUGAGUGGUUUCCAACUAUAUAGUGAUGGACCAGCUACCAGAGCUAGAUUUACUAAAGAUCCCACAAUUGAAUCAACUAAUCAGAGUACUUAGUACAGUCCCAUAUCCUUUUAGCUGGGUAAGUUGCAUCUCUGUCACACAUAGAGAAGAGCUUUUAAACUGCCUAGACUGAUACUUAUAAACACAUUACAUCUUCAAGAUAAGUCUAAAAUAUCUUUGAUAGUGUGCCACGCAUGUGCAUGCAAAGAAAAUACAUGUGUACCUCAAUUGAUGAAGUAUACGUAUUCCUGGACAUUACGUCUUUAACAUAAAUAAUGUGGGAAGAAGUAGUGGUGACAAAAAAGAGCAAAUCAACAUAUUUCAGCAAGCUUUUUAUAAAAACAAUGUGUACAUGUAAGUGAGACAACCUGAUCUUGUACGCCUUCUAUAAGCAAAACAAGCAAACAAAACCAAAACAAAACCACACGCCACAUUUUGAACCUUCUGGAGACCACUUGAAGGCUGUUUCCAAAAUCCAUCCAGGGAUAGUUUCUUUCAGCAACUUCCACUUUUCUUAUGAUUUCCAUUUUGGCUAAACUUACAGAUCUGUAUGUUAUGCCUAAAUGAAAACCUUUAAGCCAACCUCACCAGCUAGGGAUAGGAAGUAGCUGGUGAGAUACACUUAUCUGAUCUCCUCUUUCUUCUCUGUUUUGCACUUCAUUUGUGCCCAAUUAAGGGACUCUGGAAGCAACUGCUGUUUAUCUUGCCUGCUGUGGUGGGCAGAUUGAAAUGACUUUAGUAGGAUUGGCUAGAAUAGACUCCUAUUUUUCCCUAGCCGAAACUUUAUCACAUUGUUUACUGUAAACAAACUGCUGCAAUUCGGCACUAAAUGCCUAUAUUCUUUCGUUUUCUUUCACCAUCCUCCUAGUGCCAAUCUUCCAAAAAAAAAAAACCCUCUUCAAACUAGAAAUAUGAUGAGGAGGAAAAUGAUGACUAGGUGGGCAUAAAAAGGCUUUGUAAAAAAAAAGGAACUUCACUGUUAGAGGCUUUUUAAGCUGAGAACCCAUCUACACUGCCAGAAAAUGUAGUGUAGAUGUCACAUUAGCCUGGGGCAUCCAAACAAUGCAUCCAUGCUAAUGUAAGCAACCUGGGGUAAACUUAAAAAUGCUGCUUAUAAUCUGAUUUAAAAAAUUCUAUAAAGAUCUGAGUCUUCCAUUCACGAUCCCAAGUGAUGCCCUUACAGAUAUCCAGCAUCCCCUAAGCUCAGGCUGCCUGUGGAGGUGGGAUGGCAGUGCCCCUCCCCAAACAAAAAGGAAAGGCCUCCUUACUGUUCCUGGAGGUUGUCUAUUUUCUUCUUUGCCCUCAGAGCUUUUUGUAGCCAUACAUGGGUGCAAAAACCUGCCUUUGAAGAAGGGAGGGAAGACUUCCUCUUCUCUCAUAUCCUCUCUUCUCUUUUCUCCUCUUCUCUCCAAAGGUGGGAUUUUGCACCCACAUGUGGCCACAAAAUGUGUCACAAUUGUAUUUUUAAUGCUGGUUCAUUCCAUAUUUUGUCAUAUAUGGAAGCGCACCAAGGUAUGUCUUGUAUUUAGACAUGGAGAAGCAUGUGUUUUCAACAAAUUAAAUUCUUGGCCCAUCCUACAGACCUUUAUUGAAAGGUUUUGAAUGUUUCCCAACUAUACAGACGUUGUUCUGUGCCAUGAAUAGUUGUGCUCACAAGGGACACACAAAGUUCCUUGUCCUAGCAAAUGGAAGGCAAUAUGCAAGUAAAAUUAAGUGAAGCAGUGUAAUAGGGUGAUUAAAGCCUUCUCCAGAACAUGCCAAAGGCUUUUUGUCCAAGCAAAAACCUGUCCUAUUCAGGAAAUGGAAUAUCUGGAUCUAGCUGAUAGAUGUAAGGUUUGCUCUUACAUUUGAAGAUUCUUAUUGGCAAAAAUGUAUUGACCCAUGUUUUUUAAGUUGAGAGUUAUUACCUCACAGUUUACUAACAUAGAACAAUAAGAUAGCAGUAUUGCUAUUUACACAAUAGGACCUCCAGUAUCGCUAAUGGAAACAAACGUAUUUAUAAGAUUGCAAAUGACAGCUAGUCAAAAUUGUUCUGAAUGUGUUUAUAUAUUUGUGUAUGUAUGAAUGAGAGAGAGAGAGAGAGAGAGAGCAUGUGCAUGUGCAUGCUCUCUCAUUGUGUGAUUUGUCAAUGUAGUUUAGCAUCCUCACUGUAUCACCCCUUAAAUGUCUCCACUGCAAAUCUUGUUGAUGUGAGCAAUGGAGCAAAGCAUUUCUUACCUUGCAGCUCAUAUUGCUGCCAGCAGGUUUUGUGGGUUGCCCAUCUUACUGCUUGUCUUUCAUUGUUAUGAACAUCUUGGACUCCAGUUAACUUGAUUGUUGACUGUGGGGUCAUCCCAAUACCUUUUUCUGCAUAAUCAUAAUCCAACUUAUUUUCCUCCAAUUAGAAUCCCAUGUUACAUGUUCACCAUGCCAGUUAGGGAAACUCUGUGAGCAAAACUACUAUUAUUUCUUCCUUGCAAAUCUUUUGCACUUGUACAUUUAUAAGGAAGAGUUGCCAGGUCCAGUUCUCAGUUCACACUCUAAAAGAAAGACACAAUUUGUGCUCGAAAACCCUCAUAAUGAUGGGCAUUUGUAAAUGUGCCUAUUUUGAGGGGGAUUAUAGUCAUAGAGGUG